CUCAGUCAUUUCACAUCACUGCUCACACCAGACCACAUCAGACCAGUCCGGUCAAAAACCAAGAUGAAAGUUUUUAGUCGCUGUGUGGCUCUGAUGGCCCUGCUGCUAUUUUCUCUAGUCCUAAUCGGGGUUCACUCACAGGAGGAGGAGGAGGAGGAAGUGCAAGAGGUGCAAGUGGAGGAGGUUCCACAAGAAGAGGUGCAGCCAGAGGAGCAAGAGGAGGAAGAGGAGGAGGUGGUCCUAGAGACAUGGACAGGGAUGGGGAAAGCCUGCACCUGUGACUGUGAAGGGGGGGACUCUGCCACAGGUACCCCCACUAUGACCACAUCUCUCCUGGCCACGCCCCCUCCACAGAGCCGCCCACUAGACUGCAUGCCAGAGUGUCCAUACCACCAGCCCCUUGGGUUUGAGGCUGGCUCUGUCACAUCAGACCAGAUCAGCUGUUCUAACCAGGAAGAAUACACAGGAUGGUACUCCUCCUGGACCCCCAACAGGGCAAGACUCAACAACCAGGGCUUUGGGUGUGCGUGGCUCUCUAAAUUUCAGGACAACAACCAGUGGAUCCAGAUUGACCUGCAGGAGGUGGGUGUGGUCUCAGGGAUCCUGACCCAGGGCCGCUGUGAUGCUGAUGAAUGGCUUACCAAAUAUAGCAUUCAGUACCGUUCCGAUCAGAACCUGAACUGGGUUUACUACAAGGACCAGACUGGGAAUAACCGGGUUUUCUAUGGUAACUCAGACCGCUCAUCAUCUGUUCAGAACCUGCUGCGUCCUCCAAUUGUGGCCCGCUACAUUAAGCUCCUCCCUCUGGGCUGGCACACCCGCAUCGCACUACGAAUGGAGCUGCUGAUGUGCAUGAACAAGUGUACCUCAGCUCUCCUGUAAACCUGACAACCACAAAAACCCUGACCCAGUCAAUCCCACUGUCAGUGUCACCCAUGCCUGGCUCCACCCAUGCCUGGCCCCACCCUGCCUGGCUCCACCCUGCCUGGCUCCAUCGUUCCUGGCUCCACCCUGCCUGCCCACAGACUACACACUGGGCAAAUGGGCACAUUGGUAAAGCGUUUUACAUUACACAAAAUGAGGGGGGACUUUGUUCAACAAUAACUUAAAAAAAUCUAAUAUGUCUAACAGAAAUCUAUAUUACCUUGGUCCAACUAACUGGGUUGGAAAAGGUGAAAAGCAACGCAAUCAAUAAAAAUCAAUCUAUUACCUUGUUCCCAGACAUUUCCUCAUGAAGGUCUGGUGGAACAAUCUGUCUUACUGACCUCGAUAGAUUCUGCACCAACUUGAGGCAUCACAAAAACUUCACACAAAUGUGUUCAUUGUGAUAAAAUGUUGCUACAGUAGCUAACUAGCUGGCAUUUAAGGUGUAAUACCACAUCCUGUCCAGUAGAUGUCAUGGUGUAGUACCACAACCUGUCCAGUAGAUGUCAUGUUGUUGAACCACAACCUGUCCAGUAGAUGUCAUUGUGUAGUACCACAACCUGACCAGUAGAUGUCAUUGUGUAGUACCACAACCUGACCAGUAGAUGUCAUUGUGUAGUACCACAACCUGUCCAGUAGAUGUCAUUGUGUAGUACCACAACCUGUCCAGUAGAUGUCAUGUUGUUGUAAAAAAUCUGGAUUAAAGGCAAUAUUAAAAAAAUGCUUAAACUCAACUCUCCCAUAGUUGGUAGUAUAGACCUAUUCAAAGCACAACAUCUGAAUUUUCGGAUUGGGAUUAUUGUUAUGUUGAGAUUUUAGGAUAAAUCAGCUGAUAAAUUGCAAUUAUUCUUGCUGGAUAGAAAGAAUUAAGACAAAAGAAUCCAGAUAAUUCCCGAAAAUGUUUUCAAAAAUCUAGAACAGUAUAAUUUUGUGAAUAAGACAAAUUCCUGAUUUGAAAUGUACUAAAUGCACACCAAAUGUUUAUUUAUUUCUGUACAGGACACAAUGUUAUUUGUUGACAACAAGAACAUUAGACCCUGUUCUUACAUUAAUUUGUGACCUUCACCCUCACUCUUAGCCUAACCAUAACCCUUCCCUAACCAUAACCCUUCCCUAA